GUCACUCUCCGGACACCAGUGAGCCGUGCCCGUCUUCUCCUACCUCCAAACUCCUCGCGCUCCUCGCUGCACACACACUUAUCUUUCCAGCUCACACUUUCUCCCUCUUUGCUUCGCUCGCUGCUUCUUCUCUUGUUUCCUUUUCUCCUCUCUAUCCAACUCCCACUCUGCCACCUAUAAAUUCCAGCCACCACCAUUGAAUUGAGUCGAUUGCGCAGAAUUCUUGCAGCUGAUCGCGCCGGAAGCUCGCAUCGUACGAGAUAGUGUGUGUGCCUAGAUAAUCACGUACAUAUACAUGGCUGCAUGGCUGGCGCGCCGGGCCGCCAGGAGGCUCGCUAGCGAGCUGCGCAGCCGUGGACCAGGGCCAUGGCCCUUGAGCUCGUCGACGGUGCUGGUUCUCGGGGUGCCAUCAGGGGACCAAAGCAGGGGGUUUUGCUCCGUCCGGCGCUUCGCAGGAGAUAGCGCCGCCGCCGCUGCCGUCGAGGAGCCGGAGAAUGGACUUGCCGCAGGCGAUCUGCAGUUCCUGUGAUGCCAUGGUCAAUCGUUGUCAACGAAUAAAAUAGUCCAUUGCCUUGCCUCCAAGUUUGUAGAUUUCCCUGGAGGAAAGCUUUCCUUUGUUGGUGAAAUGAAUUUCCUGCCAGAGUCGCAAAGGGAAAGGAUCAAUUGUUACCGUGUUCUUGACGACGAUGGUGGGACUAUAUACAGCAGUAGAUUCCAAGAGGUCAGUAAGGAGUUGGCUCUGAAAAUGUACAGUAACAUGGUCACCCUCCAGAUUAUGGACACAAUCUUCUAUGAAGCUCAGAGGCAGGGAAGAAUUUCCUUUUAUCUAACUUCCAAUGGUGAAGAAGCAAUCAACAUAGCCUCUGCUGCUGCGCUUAGUGCUCAAGACAUUGUACUACCUCAGUACAGGGAGCCCGGUGUUCUUCUAUGGCGUGGCUUCACACUGCAAGAAUUUGCAAACCAGUUGUUUGGGAACAAGCUGGAUUACGGUAAAGGCAGGCAGAUGCCAAUACAUUACGGAUCAAACCGUCUGAAUUAUUUCACAGUCUCAUCGCCUAUCGCCACUCAGCUCCCUCAAGCUGUUGGUGCUGCCUAUUCUCUCAAGAUGGACAAGAAGAAGGCAUGUGCCAUCACGUAUUUCGGCGAUGGUGGCACGAGCGAGGGAGACUUCCAUGCCGCGCUCAACUUCGCUGCUGUCACGGAAGCGCCAGUGAUCUUCUUCUGCCGCAACAAUGGCUGGGCAAUCAGCACCCCAACCGCAGAACAGUUCAGAAGUGAUGGAGUUGUUACCCGCGGUCAGGCCUACGGAAUACGCAGUAUCAGGGUAGACGGCAACGAUACUCUUGCUGUGUACAGUGCAGUCCACACCGCCCGGGAAAUGGCUAUAACUGAAGGAAGGCCUAUUUUAAUCGAGGCGAUGACCUACCGAGUCGGCCAUCACUCGACAUCCGACGAUUCAACCAAGUACAGGCCGGCUGAUGAGAUGGAGCAUUGGCGAACAGCGAGGGAUCCCGUCUCCAGGUACAGAAAAUGGGUUCAGGGGAAUGGAUGGUGGUGCGACACUCAAGAGUCUGAACUCAGGAACAAUGUGCGGCAAGAGCUCCUGCAAGCCAUUCAGGUGGCCGAGAGGAUGCCAAAACACGGGCUUGCGGAGCUCUUCACUGAUGUUUAUGAUCAAAUGCCUUCCAACCUUCGCGAGCAAGAGCGGUCGCUGCUGGAUACCAUCAAAAAGCAUCCUGCAGAGUAUCCAGCUGAUGUGCCUGCUUAGUCCUAUUAGCCUUAGCUCUGCAAUGUUGAGUCUGCAAGUACCCAUGAAUGAUGAUUUAGCUGGUACCGUAAGAGUUAAUAUUGAUUAUAGCUUGAAUAGUAUGUAAUUUAAGAAGGGGGAAUAAACUGCCCAUCAAAAAUCUCUGAAAGAAAUAAUAGAAGAGAUUGGCUGUUACUCACACAAGGAAUAGUUGUUGCUGAUAUUUAUGUUGAACAAAGCUAUGCUAAGAUAUUUAUAACUGCAGGCAAAUGCCUCUUUUAUUUAA